AAAGCCGCACUUCCGUUUUCGCCGACAACGAAGUUAAAAACAGAAUCCAACUACCAAAAUCCACUUCCCCAUUAUUGCCGACUUUCAAAAGUUAAAAAAGAAAAAAAAAAUCCAAACUAACAACCAAUUGGGACUCCGAUCCCCUGCCCCGUCUUCCAUCUCUCGUACGGUGCACCUUCACCCCCAUCAAAAAAAUAAUGCUCCGCAGAUUUCUCUGCAACACCACCACUCUCGAAACCCUAAUUCGCCACCGCCCAAAACCCUUACUAAACCCUAAAUCCCCAAUCCAAAUCCACGCCAAGAUCCAAUCCCUACGACCGUUCUCCCAAAUGUCCGAUUCCCGGCGGUCGCCGCCGAUCCCGGCCGUCGACCGAGCCGAGAAGUCGGAGCUCCUGCGAGCCCUGGAGUCCUCCCUCGGCUCGGCUUUCGGCUCCGAGCCGCUGUGGCCGAACCCUAGCCCUUUGAUCAUCGUCGUAAGCGGGCCGAGCGGCGUCGGCAAGGACGCGCUGAUCAAGAAACUGAGGGAAAUGCGCGAGGACUUGCAUUUCGUGGUGACAGCGACGAGCCGGGCGAUGCGGUCGGGCGAGGUCCACGGGAAGGACUAUUUCUUCGUGAGCAAGGAAGAGUUUUUGGGGAUGGUGGAGAGGGAGGAGCUUCUGGAGUACGCGCUCGUGUACGGCGAUUACAAGGGGAUUCCGAAGCAGCAGAUUAGGGAUUACAUGGCGAGUGGCUGCGACGUUGUUUUGAGGGUGGACAUCCAGGGGGCGCAGACGCUGAGGCGGAUUUUCGGGAAGUCGGCGGUGUUCAUCUUCGUGGCGGCGGAGAGCGAGGUGAAGCUGGUGGAGAGGCUGAUUGGGAGGAAGACGGAGAGCAGGGAGGCGCUGCUGGUGAGGGUGGCGACGGCGAGGGAGGAGAUGAAGCACGUGAGGAAUUUUGACUAUGUUGUGGUGAAUGCCGAGGGGAAGUUGGAUAAUGCGGUGAAGCUCGUCAAUUCGAUUCUCGACGCGGAGAAGGCCAAGGUCCGGCCGAGGAAUGUGGUGGUGUGAUGAGUCUUGGAAAUGGAGGUUUGUACGUAUUGCUAUCGACGUUUCCCCUGUUGUUGUUGGUGAGAACGGCUGCAAGCAGAGUAAGUGUCAACCUGAGUAAACUUUGUACACCGGCUUUUGUUUCCAAUUGUGUAUGAGAUGCAUGGACACUUUUUUUGCAUUUGGUAUUUUGUAGAUUCCAUCAAAACAGAUUUCAUGUCUACAUUGUAAUUCUCCCCCGGAUUAUAUGAAUACAGACAUUGGGUUGCAUGGAAAAUAGGAGUUUUCUAUGGGGGAAAAAAGGAAGAGAGAUCGGUGGUUCGUCAGCUUCGAAUAAAGGAUGAGUUAUCCUGGGGAAUCUGUAUUAGGAUAGCAACAUUCUUAUGAAACUAAUGUAGAAAUUAGUUCCACCAUUUGUUUGAUUGUUUGCUUGUUUCUCCAUUUGUUAUCCUUCUUUCUUGAAUACUCCACCAUUUGUCACAUAUCAAAGUGGCAUUAUAUUGCUUUUCUGUAAGACUCCUAAGCCAUUGGUUCAUGAUUGUCGAAUGUUAAUGGCCUGUUAAAGCAACCAUUUUGGACGAUCUAUGGUUUCUUAAAACUGUCAAAAAAAUUCUUUUUUUUC